AAAAAAAAAAAAAAGCCUCAUCACAUUGUACACUUUAAACAAUUUUUGCUUGUCAAUUAUAACUCAAUAAAGCUGGGGCAGGUAGGGGACAUGGCAGUACAAUAAAAACCCCUCACCUAUCUGCUUGCAUCCAUCUGGGCAGGUUUUUUCAAACUUGGCAUUUGCAUCCUCACAAGAUUAUUUAACCCCUUAUGCUUUAAAAAAAAAAACAAAAAAACCGAAACUACAGACUUCAUCAGUCUUUGCACUAAUGUCUUCUUGUUGAGGAAGGAUCUCCUUCAGGGUGGGACAAUGCACUUAGCAGUCACAUCUCUGUGACCAUAAAGGCUGCUUCUCAUUUAUAACAGGAGAAAUGUUGCCAGCACAGCCACUGUGUAGGCUUAAGCAAAUUGUUUUCACCCUGUGAGCCUCAGGCCCCUCUUCUAUAAGAUGAAAAAACACCCUUGUUUGGGAAUAUCUAAUAAGAUGCUGACAUGAAAAGGCCUUAUGAACACAAAAGUGUGGCAUACCUGUAUGUUCUCUCGGUGCUGCUGGGAGUGUGCAUUUGCUGAAUGUGUGUCAUCUACAAGCUGGUUAAGGAUGGAAAAUGCCUUCCCUCCUAACAUUCAGAAGGGAAUGAAAACCCUCUUUCCUCCUAGAAUACAGAGGAGGAAAGAACCUCAUCUUUACAUCCAAGUCAAGACACCAGAGAUUCUUGACAUGUUCAGAUAUGACUUGGGGAUCAUAAAAUGUUCAGGAAACCCUGUGGGACUGACUUAGAGGUUUUUUUGCCUAUAAUUCGUGGGCACCCGGGGCCCAGCCACCCCAUCACCUAGGCCUCAGGCGCAGGUCUGAGGCCUCCAGGCCCACCAUCCCUCAGGCCUUGGGAGGUGGCUAUGAGAACACCCCCUUCAGUUAAACUGCACCCAGGAUGCCAGCCCACCCAGCUGUGAAAGCCCCUGGGAGGAGGGCUCAUCGCGGGACAUCUCUGUGGAAGCUGGCAACUCAAGGGACACGUGACAUUUGCUUUCCUCAGGAAAUUGUGUCUGCUCCUUCUCCACCUGUACCCCUUUGAACAGACAGCAGCUCCAUGAAAGUUCUCUUUGCAGUGGAUUCCAGCCAAGAAUAGGCAAGGUCCAUGGCCAGCCACUGCGUCCCGUGGCCUUCCAUGGUAUGAAGGACACCCUGGGCACAGUGCCUCUGGAAGCUCUGUUGUGCAAAUAUCCCACUGUCUUCAACAAAUACACUGCAGGGAAAUAAGGAACAGGGGUCCUGUGAAGGAGGCAGAAAAUCCAGCUUGAUGGCUACCAGUGGUGUUUGGAGUUGCAGCGGAGCAGGCAGCAGUGAAGAGUGUCAGGAGGGCAGGCCGCUCCUGGAGGCUGUGGGGGCAUCGCUUCUCCCAGGUCCAGGAGGACCUGCAGGGGGCUGGCCCGCACAGCCAUCUUCUCUGCACCCUCCACUGCCCUGUCCAGGAGGGAGUGGGGCAUGUAUUGGAGCAUACAUGAUGCACACACACUUCUGCAUGGCUGAGGCAGCUCAGGGCCAAGCUCCUGGUGGGAGAGUGGGCUCUCCUUCCAGCCUUUUCUUUCUUCCUGGUGCUGUGGUCUGAAUGUGUGUGCUGAAGAUUCACACGUUGAAAUGCUCACCCACAAGGUGACAGGAUUAGAACAUGAGCUUUUGGAGGUGAUCAGUCAUGAGAUAAGGCUGCAUAAUGGCAUGACUGUUACUCCAGAGACCCUUGCCCUUUUUCCGAUUGAGGACACAUGAGAGAUGUUGGCCAUUGCCUGGAAGAGCCUGGGGUACCCUGUGAGGACAUAGAGGCCUGGCACUGGAUCAGGGAUGGGGCGAAGCCUGGAGGCACAGAGCAGAUUCCGAGCACCCCCGUCUUCCCCACCCUCCCUCCUGCCACAGCCUGAGCUGUCCUCCUAGGCCCAGCUCCAGACCCUGGCCGGCCGGCCCCUUCUUUGGCUCCCUGGUGCUGGCAGCUGGGACCCUGUUGGCAGCACACCUCAGGAUAGGUGCCCCCAGGUGCAGGGUGCAGGCUCCCUCCUCCCUCCAUGGAGGCCCCUGUGGGUAGAGCCUCGGCUCCUCCUCUGGACCUGGGCCCACCCUGACACAGGGCUCCCACUGGGCGACCCUCUCUGGCUGCUCCUCCCCUGGUGGGGCCUGCCUAGUGCCCGGUCCACACUUUUUCCUGGCCAGGGCCGUGGGGACGGGGUCAGCCCCUCUUGGGUAUGAAGCAGGGUGCCAUCAGCAUCUCUCCCCAGGGCUGGUCCCUCCCCCGGGGCAGGCUGAGUUCUCACAGGACACCCUGCUUCUCCCAUGUAAGGAUGACUCUAAGACCCAGCUGAGGCCUCCAGGAGGGCCCCUGGUGGGCAGCAGCUUGCCACAGGCCUGGGCCUGGCCAAGCAGGGUGCACCAGGCUCCUGCCCCCAUCCCUCAACUGCUGGCCCUCAGGUGGGUGCUGGGCCCUUCUAGGGGGUGGUCCUGCAUCCCCUCUGGGGGCAGUACUGGGGCUGCCUCAAGAUCCAUCCUGGACUCCCCUUGGGAUGGUCCCUUGUCUCCCUCCUAGAGCCUUCCUGGGUCCCCCAGGCUCCUUCCUGCCCCACACUCCAGGAUGCUGGUUUGAGGUGAGGGGAGCAGGCCAGCUAUGGCCCCUGGCCAGCAUCACUGCUGAGGACACAGGGUCCCCCCAUCCCUGGCUGUGGUCCCCAGCCUGCAUCACUGCUAAGGACAAGGGUACCCCUGUCCCUGGCUGUAGCCCCCGGCCCGCAUCACUGCUGAUGACACAGGCAACCCUGGCCUCCAUCCCUGCUGAGGACACAGGGUUCCCCCGUCCCUGGCUGUGGCUUCUGGCCCACAUCACUGCUGAGGACAUGGGUGUGUUCCCCGUCCCUGGCCGUUGCCCCCCGGCUGGCAUCACUGCUGAGGACACAGGGUCCCGCAUCCCUGGCUGUGACCCCUGGCCUCCAUCAUUGCUGAGGACACAGGCGUUUGUCCCCCCUCCCUGACUGUGGCCCCGAGCAUCUGCCCUUUGCCUCCCACAGGGCCGAGGGUGAAACUGAAUCCGGGAUGGUGACACCCGGGUUAUUUUGGAGCUGGGCUGGGCCAGCCUGGCCGGCAUAGGGGGUGGGGUGGGGGCGGGCCCAGCCUUCUCCAACUGACAGUGUCUGCCUGUCCUUUUGUCCCUGUCCAGUUUGAGGAGCGGCCGGAGUGUGGGCUGCUGGUAGGCAGCCUGCUGGUCCUGGGCCCUCGGAGGGAGGUGAGACCCGGCAGCCCCUUCCUCCCAGCCAGCACCCCCCGGCCUGUGUGCUGCCCAGAGCCCCCACAGGGAAAGGUCCCCGCUGCCACCCUCAUGGAUCAGUCACAGUUCAGCGGGGCGCCCCGCUUCCUCACCCGGCCCAAGGCCUUCGUGGUGUCGGUGGGCAAGGACGCCACCCUCAGCUGCCAGAUCGUGGGGAAUCCCACGCCACAGGUGAGCUGGGAGAAGGACCAGCAGCCGGUGGCGGCGGGCGCACGCUUCCGUCUGGCCCAGGACGGCGACCUCUACCGCCUCACUAUCCUGGACCUGGCGCUGGGCGACAGUGGGCAAUACGUGUGCCGCGCGCGCAAUGCCAUAGGCGAGGCCUUCGCCGCUGUGGGCCUGCAGGUGGACGCGGAGGCCGCCUGCGCCGAGCAGGCGCCGCACUUCCUGCUGCGGCCCACGUCCAUCCGCGUGCGCGAGGGCUCAGAGGCCACCUUCCGCUGCCGCGUGGGUGGCUCCCCGAAGCCGGCAGUGAGCUGGUCCAAGGACGGGCGGCGCCUGGGUGAGCCCGACGGCCCCCGCGUGCGCGUGGAGGAGCUCGGUGAGGCGAGUGCGCUGCGCAUUCGGGCGGCGCGGCCGCGCGACGGCGGCACUUAUGAGGUCCGCGCCGAGAACCCGCUGGGCGCCGCCAGCGCCGCCGCUGCGCUCGUGGUGGACUCGGACGCCGCGGACACUGCCAGCCCUCCCGGGACCUCCACUGCCGCGCUCUUGGCGCACCUGCAGCGGCGGCGCGAGGCCAUGCGCGCCGAGGGCGCCCCGGCUUCACCGCCCAGCACCGGCACGCGCACCUGCACUGUGACCGAGGGCAAGCACGCGCGCCUCAGCUGCUACGUGACCGGCGAGCCCAAGCCCGAGACGGUGUGGAAGAAGGACGGCCAGCUGGUGACCGAGGGCCGGCGCCACGUGGUGUACGAGGACGCGCAGGAGAACUUCGUGCUCAAGAUCCUCUUCUGCAAGCAGUCAGACCGCGGCCUCUACACCUGCACGGCGUCCAACCUCGUGGGCCAGACCUACAGCUCCGUGCUGGUCGUAGUGCGCGAACCCGCGGUUCCCUUCAAAAAGCGGCUGCAAGAUCUGGAGGUGCGGGAGAAGGAGUCGGCCACGUUCCUGUGCGAGGUGCCCCAGCCGUCCACUGAGGCCGCGUGGUUCAAGGAGGAGACGCGGUUGUGGGCGAGCGCCAAGUACGGUAUCGAGGAGGAGGGCACCGAGCGCCGCCUAACCGUGCGCAAUGUCUCGGCUGACGACGACGCGGUGUACAUCUGCGAAACGCAGGAGGGCAGCCGCACGGUGGCGGAGCUCGCAGUCCAAGGAAACCUCCUCCGAAAGCUCCCUCGGAAGACAGCGGUGCGCGUGGGCGACACGGCCAUGUUUUGCGUGGAGCUGGCGGUCCCGGUGGGCCCCGUCCGCUGGGUGCGGAACCAGGAGGAGGUGGUGACCGGGGGCCGCGUAGCCAUCUCCGCAGAGGGCACGCGCCACACACUGACCAUCUCCCAGUGCUGCCUGGAGGAUGUGGGCCAGGUGGUCUUUAUGGCUGGCGACUGCCGGACGUCCACCCAGUUCUGCGUGUCGGCCCCCAGGAAGCCUCCCCUGCAGCCCCCUGUGGAUCCUGUGGUGAAGGCCAAGACAGAGAGUUCCGUGAUCCUCAGCUGGUCCCCACCACCCCAUGGGGAGCGCCCUGUCACCAUUGAUGGCUACCUGGUAGAGAAGAAGAAACUUGGCACCUACACGUGGACCAGGUGCCACGAUGCUGAAUGGGUGGCUACACCUGAGCUGACCGUGGCUGAUGUGGCUGAGGAGGGGGACUUCCAGUUCCGAGUGUCAGCUCUCAACAGCUUUGGUCAGAGUCCCUACCUGGAGUUCCCGGGGAAGGUCCACCUGGCUCCCCAGCUGGCCAUGAGGACACCGCUGAAGGCAGUGCAGGCAGUGGAGGGUGGCGAGGUCACUUUCUCUGUGGACCUUACGGUGGCCUCAGCGGGUGAGUGGUUCCUGGAUGGGCAGGCCCUGAAGGCCAGCAGUGUGUUUGAGAUCCGCUGUGAUGGCACCUGCCACAUGCUUACCAUCCGGGAGGUGCCUGCCAGCCUGCACGGGGCACAGCUGAAGUUCGUGGCCAAUGGCAUUGAGAGCAGCAUCCGGAUGGAGGUCCGGGCGGCACCAGGGCUGACUGUCCACAAGCCGCCAGCCGCAGCUGCCCAGGAGGUGCUGGCUCGGCUGCACGAGGAGGCGCAGUUGCUGGCUGAGCUGUCAGAUCAGGCUGCGGCUGUGACGUGGCUGAAGGAUGGUCGCAUGCUGCCCCCAGGCCCCAAGUAUGAGGUGCAGGCAUCGGCCGGGAGGCGGGUGCUCCUUGUGCGAGAUGUGGCCCGGGAAGAUGCAGGCCUCUAUGAGUGCGUCAGCUGCGGGGGCCGCAUCGCCUACCAGCUGUCCGUGCAAGGCCUCCCAUGCUUUCUGCACAAGGACAUGGCAGGCAGCUGUGUGGAUGCCGUGGCUGGGGGCCCGGUGCAGUUUGAGUGUGAGACCUCCGAAGCCGAUGUCCACGUGCACUGGUACAAGGAUGGCAUGGAGCUGGGCCACUCCGGUGAGCGCUUCUUGCAGGAGGAUGUGGGGACGCGGCACCGGCUGGUGGCAGCCACAGUCACCAGGCAGGAUGAGGGCACCUAUUCCUGCCGUGUGGGCGAGGACUCUGUGGACUUCCGGCUCCGCGUCUCUGAGCCCAAGGCGGUGUUUGCCAAGGAGCAGCCAGCUCGCAGGGAGGUUCAGGCCGAGGCGGGGGCCAGCGCCACGCUGAGCUGCGAGGUGGCCCAGGACCAGACGGAGGUGACGUGGUACAAGGAUGGGAAGAAGCUGAGCUCCAGCUCGAAAGUGCACGUGGAGGCUGUGGGCUGUACGCGGAGGCUGGUGGUGCAGCAGGCGGGCCAGGCAGACGCUGGGGAGUACAGCUGUGAGGCCAGGGGACAGAGGGUCUCUUUCUGCUUGGACGUUGCAGAGCCCAAGGUGGUGUUUGCCAAGGAGCAGCUGGCACACAGGAAGCUGCAGGCAGAGGCAGGAGCCAGUGCCACACUGAGCUGCAAGGUGGCCCAGGCCCAGACAGAAGUGAUGUGGUACAAGGACGGGAAGAAGCUGAGCUCCAGCUCGAAAGUGCGCAUGGAGGCCACAGGCUGCACGCGAAAGCUGGUUGUGCAGCAGGCAGGCCAGGCGGAUGCUGGGGAGUACAUCUGCGAGGCUGGGGGCCAGCGGCUGUCCUUCCAUCUGGACGUCAAAGAGCCCAAGAUGAUGUUUGCAAAGGAGCAGUCAGUGCAUAAUGAGGUGCGGGCUGAGGCGGGGGCCAGUGCCAUAUUGAGCUGUGAGGUGGCCCAGGCUCAGAUGGAAGUGAAGUGGUACAAGGAUGGGAAGAAGCUGAGCUCUAGCUCAAAAGUGCGCAUGGAGGUCAAGGGCUGCACAAGGAGGCUGGUGUUACAGCAGGUGGGCAAAGCAGAUGCUGGGGAGUACAGCUGCGAAGCUGGGGGCCAGAGGGUCUCCUUUCACCUGCACAUCACAGAGCCCAAGGCGGUGUUUGCCAAGGAGCAGUCAGUGCAUAAUGAGGUGCAGACUGAGGCAGGAGCCAGCGCCACACUGAGCUGUGAGGUGGCCCAGGCCCAGACGGAGGUGACGUGGUACAAGGACGGGAAGAAGCUGAGCUCCAGUUCGAAAGUGCGUGUAGAGGCCACAGGCUGCAUGCGGCAGCUGGUGGUGCAGCAGGCAAGCCAGGCAGAUGCUGGGGAGUACAGCUGUGAGGCCGGGGACCAGCGGCUCUCCUUCCACCUGGAUGUUUCGGAGCCCAAGGUGGUGUUUGCAAAGGAGCAGCCAGCACACAGGGAGGUGCAGACCGAGGUGGGGGCCAGUGCCACGCUGAGCUGCGAGAUGGCCCAGGCCCAGACAGAGGUGACAUGGUACAAGGAUGGGAAGAAGCUGAGCUCCAGCUCGAAAGUGCGAAUGGAGGCCGUGGGCUACACACGGAGGCUGGUGGUGCAGCAGGCGGGCCAGGCGGACGCCGGGGAGUACAGCUGUGAGGCCGGGGGCAAGCAGCUCUCUUUCCGCCUGCACGUGGCAGAGCCCAAGGCGGUAUUUGCCAAGGAACAGCUGGUGCACAGGGAGGUGCAGGCCCAGGCGGGGACCAGCGCCAUGUUCAACUGCGAGGUGGCCCAGGCCCAGACGGAGGUGAUGUGGUACAAGGACGGGAAGAAGCUGAGCUCCAGCUCAAAAGUGCAUGUGGAGGCCGUGGGCUGCACACGGAGGCUGGUGGUGCAGCAGGCGGGUCAGGCAGACGCUGGGGAGUACAGCUGCGAGGCAGGGAGCCAGCGGCUGUCCUUCCACCUGCACGUGGCAGAGCCCAAGGCAGUGUUUGCCAGGGAGCAGCCAGUGCGCAGAGAGGUGCAGGCCGAAUUGGGGACCAGUGCCACGCUGAGCUGCGAGAUGGCCCAGGCCCAGACAGAGGUGACGUGGUACAAGGACGGGAAGAAACUGAGCUCCAGCCCGAAAGUGCAAAUGGAGGCCGUGGGCUGCACACGGAGGCUGGUGGUACAGCAGGUGGGCCAGGCAGACGCUGGGGAGUACAGCUGCGAGGCCGGGGGUCAGCGGCUCUCCUUUGGCCUGAAUGUGGCAGAGCCCAAGGUGGUGUUUGCCAAGGAGCAGCCGGCGCACAGGGAGCUGCAGGCUGAGGUGGGGGCCAGUGCCACGCUGAGCUGCGAGGUGGCCCAGGCCCAGACGGAGGUGACAUGGUACAAGGACAGGAAGAAGCUGAGCUCUAGCUCGAAAGUGCGCGUGGAGGCCGUGGGCUGCACACGGAGGCUAGUGGUGCAGCAGGUGGACCAGACAGAGGCUGGGGAAUACAGCUGCGAGGCUGGGGGUCAGCGGCUCUCCUUCCGCCUGCAAGUGACAGAGCCCAAGGUGGUGUUUGCCAAGGAGCAGCCGGCACACAGGGAGGUGCAGGCUGAGGCGGGGACCAGCACCAUGCUGAGCUGUGAGGUGGCCCAAGCCCAGACGGAGGUGAUGUGGUACAAGGACAGGAAGAAGCUGAGCUCUAGCUCGAAAGUGCGCGUGGAGGCCGUGGGCUGCACACGGAGGCUGGUGGUGCAGGAGGCAGGCCAGGCGGAUGCUGGGGAGUACAGCUGCGAGGCUGGGGGCCAGCGGCUCUCCUUCCACCUACAUGUGGCUGAGCCCAAGGUGGUGUUUGCCAAGGAGCAGCCGGCAUGCAGGGUGGUGCAGGCGGAGGCGGGGGCCAGUGCCACACUGAGCUGUGUGGUGGCCCAGGGCCAGAUGGAGGUGACGUGGUACAAGGAUGGGAAGAAGCUGAGCUCCAGCUCGAAAGUGCACGUGGAGGCCGAGGGCUGCACACGGAGGCUAGUGGUGCAGCAGGCGGGCCAGGCAGAUGCUGGGGAGUACAGCUGUGAGGCGGGGGGCCAGCGGCUCUCCUUCCACCUGCACGUGGCAGGGCCGGAGCCCCAAAUUUCAGAGAGACCCUGCCGCAGGGAGCCUCUGGUGGUCAAGGAGCAUGAAGACAUCGUCCUGACUGCCACGCUGGCCACACCCUCUGUGGCCACGGUGACCUGGCUUAAGGAUGGUGUGGAGAUUCGCCGCAGCAAGCGGCACGAGACAGCCAGCCAGGGGGACACCCACACCCUGACCGUGCAUGGCGCUCAGGUGUUGGACAGUGCCGUCUACAGCUGCCGUGUGGGCACAGAGGGGCAGGACUUCCCAGUGCAGGUGGAAGAGGUGGCCGCCAAGUUCUGCCGGCCACUGGAGCCUGUGUGCGGUGAGCUGGGCGGCACGGUAACACUGGCCUGUGAGCUGAGCUCAGCAUGUGCAGAGGUGGUGUGGCGCUGUGGCAGCACACAGCUUCAGGUGGGCAAGCGCUUCCAGAUGGUGGCCAAGGGGCCUGUGCGCUUGCUCACUGUGUUGGAUCUGCGCACAGAGGACGCGGGGGAGUACGUAUGCGAGAGCCGUGAUGACCACACCAGUGCGCAGCUCACUGUCAGUGUACCCCGAGUGGUGAAGUUUAUGUCCGGGCUGAGCGCCGUGGUCGCGGAGGAGGGCCGCGAGGCCACCUUCCAGUGUGUGGUGUCCCCCAGUGAUGCGGCAGUCGUGUGGUUCCGGGACGGUGCCCUGCUACAGCCCAGCGAGAAGUUUGCCAUAUCACAGAGUGGCGCCAGUCACAGCCUGACUAUCUCGGGCCUGGUGCUGGAGGACGCGGGCCAGAUCACUGUGGAGGCUGAGGGCGUCUCAUCCUCUGCUGUCCUGAGGGUCCGAGAGGCACCCGUGCUGUUCAAAAAGAAGCUGGAGCCGCAGACGGUGGAGGAGCGGAGCUCGGUGACCCUGGAGGUGGAGCUGACGCGGCCGUGGCCGGAGCUGAGGUGGACACGGAACGCGGUGGCCCUGGCGCCGGGAAAGAACGUGGAGAUCCACGCCGAGGGCACCCGCCACCGCCUGGUUCUGCACAACGUAGGUUUUGCCGACCGUGGCUUCUUUGGCUGCGAGACUCCGGAUGACAAGACACAGGCCAAACUCACCGUGGAGAUGCGCCAGGUACGGCUGGUCAGGGGCCUGCAGGCAGUGGAGGCACAGGAGCAGGGCACGGCUACCAUGGAGGUGCAGCUGUCGCAUGUGGACGUGGAGGGCAGCUGGACUCGCGACGGUCUGCGGCUCCAGGAGGGGCCCACGUGCCACCUGGCUGUGCGGGGCCCCACACACACCCUCACACUCUCCCAGCUGAGGCCAGAGGACAGUGGCCUUAUGGUCUUCAAGGCCGAAGGAGUGCACACGUCGGCACUGCUCGUGGUCACCGAGCUGCCUGUGAACUUCAGCCGCCCACUGCAGGAUGUGGUGACCACCGAGAAGGAGAAGGUUACCCUGGAGUGUGAGCUGUCGCGUCCUAAUGUGGAUGUGCGCUGGCUAAAGGAUGGUGUGGAGCUGCGGGCAGGCAAGACGGUGGGCAUUGCGGCCCAGGGCACCUGCAGGAGCCUCACCAUUUACCGGUGCGAGUUCGCGGAUCAGGGCAUGUAUGUGUGUGAUGCCCACGACGCCCAGAGCUCUGCCUCUGUGAAGGUGCAAGGCCGCAACAUCCAGAUUGUGAGGUCCCUGGAGGAUGUGGAAGUGAUGGAGAAGGACAGUGCUACCUUCUCCUGUGAGGUCUCCCACGACGAAGUGCCUGGCCAGUGGUUCCGGGAGGGCAGCAAACUGCGGCCCAGUGACAACGUGCGCAUCCGCCAGGAAGGAAGGACAUACACUCUCAUCUACCGGAGGGUCCUGGCGGAAGAUGCAGGAGAGAUCAAAUUUGUAGCUGAAAAUGCAGAAUCGCAAGCCCAGCUCCGAGUGAAGGAGCUGCCAGUGACCCUCGUGCGCCCUCUGCGGGACAAGAUUGCCAUGGAGAAGCACCGCGGUGUAUUGGAGUGUCAGGUGUCCCGGACCAGCGCCCAGGUGCGGUGGUUCAAGGGCAGUCAGGAGCUGCGGCCCGGGCCCAAGUACGAGCUGGUCAGUGAUGGCCUCUACCGCAAGCUGAUCAUCAGUGACGUCCAGGCAGAGGACGAGGACACCUACACCUGCGACGCCGGCGAUGUCAAGACUAGUGCACAGUUCUUUGUGGAAGAGCAAUCCAUCACCAUUGUGCGGGGUCUGCAGGACGUGACGGUGAUGGAACCCGCUCCUGCCUGGUUUGAGUGUGAGACCUCCAUCCCCUCAGUGCGGCCACCUAAGUGGCUCCUGGGGAAGACAGUGUUGCAGGCUGGGGGGAACGUGGGCCUGGAGCAGGAGGGCACGGUGCACCGGCUGAUGCUGCGGCGGACCUGCUCCACCAUGACCGGGCCCGUGCACUUCACCAUCGGCAAGUCUCGCUCCUCUGCCCGCCUGGUGGUCUCAGACAUUCCCGUAGUCCUCACACGGCCGUUGGAGCCCAAGACAGGGCGUGAGCUGCAGUCAGUGGUCCUGUCCUGCGACUUCCGGCCAGCCCCCAAGGCUGUGCAGUGGUACAAGGAUGACACACCCCUGUCUGCCUCUGAGAAGUUUAAGAUGAGCCUGGAGGGUCAGAUGGCCGAGCUGCGCAUCCUCCGGCUCAUGCCUGCCGAUGCUGGUGUCUACCGGUGCCAGGCGGGCAGCGCCCACAGCAGUACUGAGGUCACUGUGGAAGCACGGGAGGUGACAGUGACAGGGCCGCUGCAGGAUGCAGAGGCCAUGGAGGAGGGCCGGGCCAGCUUCUCCUGUGAGCUGUCCCAUGAGGACGAGGAGGUCGAGUGGUCGCUCAACGGGAUGCCCCUGUACAACGACAGCUUCCAUGAGAUCUCGCACAGGGGCCGGUGCCACACGCUGGUACUGAAGAGCGUCCGGCGUGCUGAUGCAGGCACAGUAUGCGCCUCCUCCCCCAAGGUGUCAACCUCUGCCCACCUGAAGGUCCGAGUGAAGCCGGUGGUGUUCUUGAAGGCGCUGGAUGACCUGUCCGCAGAGGAGCACGGCACCCUGGCCCUGCAGUGUGAGGUCUCUGACCCCGAGGCCCAUGUGGUGUGGCGCAAAGAUGGCGUGCAGCUGGGCCCCAGCGACAAGUAUGACUUCCUGCACACGGUGGGCACGCGGGGGCUCGUGGUGCAUGACCUGAGCCCCGAGGACGCCGGCCUGUACACCUGCCACGUGGGCUCCGAGGAGACCCAGGCCCGGGUCAGCGUGCACGAUCUGCACGUGGGCAUCACCAAGAGGCUGAAGACAGUGGAGGUGCUGGAGGGGGAGAGCUGCAGCUUUGAGUGCGUCCUGUCCCAUGAGAGUGCCAGCGACCCAGCCAUGUGGACAGUCGGUGGGAAGACGGUGGGCAGCUCCAGCCGCUUCCAGGCCACACGUCAGGGCCGAAAAUACAUCCUAGUGGUCCGGGAGGCUGCGCCGAGUGAUGCUGGGGAGGUGGUCUUCUCUGUGCGGAGCCUCACCUCCAAGGCCUCACUCAUUGUCAAAGAGAGGCCGGUGGCCAUCAUGAAGCCCCUGGAAGACCAGCGGGUGGCGCCAGGGGAGGACGUGGAGCUGCGCUGUGAGCUGUCACGGGCGGGCACGCCUGUGCGCUGGCUGAAGGAUGGGAAGGCCAUCCGCAAGAGCCAGAAGUACGAUGUGGUCUGUGAGGGCACGAUGGCUGUGUUGGUCAUCCGCGGGGCCUCGCUCAAGGACGUGGGCGAGUACACGUGUGAGGUGGAGGCUUCCAAGAGCACAGCCAGCCUCUCUGUGGAAGAAAAAGCAAACUGCUUCACAGAGGAGCUGACCAACCUGCAGGUGGAGGAGAAAGGCACAGCUGUGUUCACAUGCAAGACAGAGCGCCCCGCGGCCACAGUGACCUGGCGCAAGGGCCUCUUGGAGCUACGGGCCUCAAGGAAGCACCAGCCCAGCCAGGACGGCCUGGCCCUGCAGCUCACCAUCAGUGCCCUGGAGAAGGCAGACAGCGACACCUAUACCUGCGACAUCGGCCAGGCCCAGUCCCAGGCCCAGCUCCUAGUGCAAGGCCGGAGAGUGCACAUCAUCGAGGACCUGGAGGACGUGGAUGUGCAGGAGGGCUCCUCGGCCACCUUCCGUUGCCGGAUCUCCCCGGCCAACUACGAGCCUGUGCACUGGUUCCUGGAUAAGACACCCCUGCAUGCCAACGAGCUCAAUGAGAUCGAGGCCCAGCCUGGGGGCUACCACGUGCUGACCCUGCGGCAGCUGGCGCUCAAGGACUCGGGCACCAUCUACUUCGAGGCGGGUGACCAGAGGGCCUCAGCCGCCCUGCGGGUCACUGGUAAGCCAAGUGUCUUCUCCCGGGAGCUCACAGAUGCCACCAUCACAGAGGGUGAGGACUUGACCCUGGUGUGCGAGACCAGUGCCUGCGACAGCCCUGUGUGCUGGACCAAGGAUGGGAAGACCCUGCGGGGAUCUGCCCGGUAUCAGCUGAGCCACGAGGGCCACCGAGCCCAGUUGCUCAUCACUGGGGCCACCCUGCAGGACAGCGGACGCUACAAGUGUGAGACUGGGGGUGCCUGCAGCAGCUCCAUUGUCAGGGUGCACGCCCGACCAGUGCGGUUCCAGGAGGCCCUGAAGGACCUGGAGGUGCGGGAGGGUGGUGCUGCCACACUGCGCUGUGUGCUGUCGUCUGUGGCUGCGCCCGUGGAAUGGUGCUGUGGAGACAAUGUCCUGAGGCCAGGUGACAAAUACAGCCUACGCCAGGAAGGUGCUGUGUUGGAGCUGGUGGUCCGCAACCUCCGGCCGCAGGACAGCGGGCGGUACUCAUGCUCCUUCGGGGACCAGACUACUUCUGCCACCCUCACGGUGACUGCCGUGCCUGCCCAGUUCAUCGGGAAACUGAGAAACAAGGAGGCCACAGAAGGGGCCACAGUCACGCUGAGGUGUGAGCUGAGCAAGGCGGCCCCCGUGGAGUGGAGAAAGGGGUCUGAGACCAUCAGAGAUGGGGACAGAUAUUGCCUGAGGCAGGACGGGGCCAUGUGUGAGCUGCAGAUUCGUGGCCUGGCCAUGGUGGAUGCUGGGGAGUACUCGUGUGUGUGUGGAGAGGAAAGGACCUCAGCCUCACUCACUAUCAGGGCCAUGCCUGCCCACUUCAUAGGAAGACUGAGACACCAAGAGAGUACAGAAGGAGCCACAGCCACACUGCGGUGUGAGCUGAGCAAGGUGGCCCCCGUGGAGUGGAGGAAGGGCCGUGAGAGCCUCAGAGAUGGGGACAGACACAGACUGAGGCAGGAUGGGGCUGUGUGUGAGCUGCAGAUCUGUGGCCUGGCCGUGGCAGAUGCUGGGGAGUACUCCUGUGUGUGUGGGGAGGAGAGGACCUCUGCCACUCUCACCGUGAAGGCGCUACCCGUCAAGUUCACAGAGGGUCUGAGGAAUGAAGAGGCCACAGAAGGGGCAACGGCCACACUGCGGUGUGAGCUGAGCAAGGUGGCCCCUGUGGAGUGGUGGAAGGGGCAUGAGACCCUCCGAGAUGGAGACAGACAUAGCCUGAUGCAGGACGGGGCCAGGUGUGAGCUGCAGAUCCGCGGCCUGGUGGCAGAGGAUGCUGGGGAGUACCUGUGCAUGUGCGGGAAGGAGAGGACCUCAGCCAUGCUCACCGUCAGGGCCCUGCCUUCCAAGUUCAUAGAGGGUCUGAGGAAUGAAGAGGCCACAGAAGGGGCCACGGCCAUACUGUCGUGUGAGCUGAGCAAGGUGGCCCCGGUGGAGUGGAGGAAGGGGCAUGACUGCCUCAGAGAUGGGGCCAGACACAGCCUGAAGCAGGAUGGGUCCAGGUGUGAGCUGCAGAUCCGUGGCCUGGCUGUGGUGGAUGCCGGCGAGUACUCGUGUGUGUGUGGGCAGGAGAGGACCUCAGCCAUACUCACUGUCAGGGCCCUGCCUGCCAGAUUCAUAGAAGAUGUGAAAAACCAGGAGGCCAGAGAAGGGGCCACAGCCGUGCUGAAGUGUGAGCUGAGCAAGGCGGACCCCGUGGAGUGGAGGAAGGGGUCUGAGACCCUGAGAGAUGGGGACAGAUACAGCCUGAGGCAGGACGGGACCAGAUGUGAGCUGCAGAUUCAUGGCCUGUCCGUGGCAGACACUGGGGAGUACUCGUGUGUGUGUGGGCAGGAGAGGACCUCGGCCACGCUCACCAUCAGGGCCCUGCCUGCACGAUUCACUCAAGAUCUGAAGACCAAGGAGGCCUCAGAAGGGGCCACAGCUACACUGCAGUGUGAGCUGAGCAAGGUGGCCCCUGUGGAAUGGAAGAAGGGUCCUGAGACCCUCAGAGAUGGGGGCAGAUACAGCCUGAAGCAGGAUGGGACGAAGUGUGAGCUGCAGAUCCAUGACCUGUCUGUGUCAGAUGCUGGGGAAUACUCAUGCAUAUGUGGACAAGAGAGGACCUCGGUCAUGCUCACCAUCAGGGCCCUGCCCGCCAAGUUCACAGAGGGUCUGAGGAAUGAAGAGACCAUGGAAGGGGCCACAGCCACACUGCAAUGUGAGCUGAGCAAGGCAGCCCCGGUGGAGUGGAGGAAAGGCCUCGAGGCUCUCAGAGAUGGGGACAAAUAUAGCCUGAGACAAGAAGGGGCUUUGUGUGAGCUGCAGAUUCAUGGCCUUGCUAUGGCAGAUACCGGGGUGUACUCCUGCGUGUGUGGGCAGGAGAGGACCUCAGCUACACUCACUGUCAGGGCCCUGCCUGCCAGAUUCAUAGAGGAUAUGAGAAGUCAGAAGGCCACAGAAGGGACUACAGUCACACUGCAAUGUAAGCUAAGAAAGGCGGCCCCAGUGGAGUGGAGAAAGGGGCCCAACACCCUCAAAGAUGGGGACAGAUACAGCCUGAAGCAGGAUGGGACCAGGUGUCAGCUGCAGAUUCGUGGCCUGGUCAUAGCAGAUGCUGGAGAAUACUCGUGCAUAUGUGAGCAGGAGAGGACCUCGGCCACGCUCACUGUCAGGGCCCUCCCGGCCAGAUUCAUAGAAGAUGUGAGAAAUCACGAAGCCACAGAAGGGGCCACGGCUGUGCUGCAGUGUGAGCUGAGCAAGGUGGCCCCUGUGGAGUGGCGGAAGGGGUCUGAGACCCUCAGAGAUGGGGACAGAUACAGUCUGAGGCAGGACGGAACGAGGUGUGAGCUGCAGAUUCGUGGCCUGGCUGUGGAGGAUACUGGAGAGUAUUUGUGUGUAUGCGGGCAGGAGAGGACCUCAGCUACACUCACCGUCAGGGCCCUGCCAGCCAGAUUCAUAGACAACAUGACAAACCAGGAGGCCAGAGAAGGGACCACAGCCACACUGCAGUGUGAACUGAACAAGGCGGCCCCUGUGGAGUGGAAGAAGGGACCUGAAACCCUCCGAGAUGGGGACAGACACAGCCUGAGGCAGGACGGGACCAGGUGUGAGCUGCAGAUUCGUGGCCUGGCUGUGGCAGAUGCCGGGGAGUACUCGUGCAUUUGUGGGCAGGAGAGGACCUCAGCCACACUCACCAUCAGGGCCUUGCCUGCCAAGUUCACAAAGGGUCUGAAGAAUGAAGAGGCCACAGAAGGGGCCACAGCUAUGCUGCAAUGUGAGCUGAGCAAGGCGGCCCCUGUUGAGUGGAGGAAGGGACCUAAAGCCCUCAGAGAUGGGGACAGAUACAGCCUGAGGCAGGAUGGGACCAGAUGUGAGCUGCAGAUUCAUGGCCUGUCCGUGGCAGACACUGGGGAGUACUCAUGUGUAUGUGGACAGGAGAAGACGUCGGCCACUCUCAUUGUCAAGGCCCCACAGCCAGUGUUCCGGGAGCCGCUGCAGAGUCUGCAGGCAGAGGAGGGCUCCACAGCCACCCUGCAGUGUGAGCUGUCUGAGCCCACUGCUACAGUGGUCUGGAGCAAGGGUGGCCUGCAGCUGCAGGCCAAUGGGCGCCGGGAGCCACGGCUUCAGGGCUGCACUGCGGAGCUGGUGUUACGGGGCCUACGACGUGAAGACACUGGAGAAUACACUUGCACCUGUGGCUCCCAGGCCACCAGCGCCACUCUCACUGUCACAGCUGCCCCUGUGCGGUUCCUCCAAGAGCUGCAGCCCCAGGAGGUGGAUGAGGGAGGCACAGCACACUUAUGCUGUGAGCUGAGCCGGGCGGGUGCAAGCGUGGAGUGGCGCAAGGGCUCCCUGGAGCUCUUCCCUUGUGCCAAGUACCAGAUGGUGCAGGAUGGUACAACUGCGGAGCUGCUGGUACACGGAGUGGAGCAGGAGGAUGCGGGUGACUACACGUGCGACACAGGCCACACACACAGCAUGGCCAGCCUCUCUGUCCGUGUCCCCAGGCCCAAGUUUGAGACCCGGCUGCAGAGCCUGGAGCAGGAGACAGGUGACAUAGCCCGGCUGUGCUGUCAGCUGAGCGAUGCAGAGUCGGGGGCCACGGUGCAAUGGCUCAAGGAGGGUGUGGAGCUGCAUGCGGGCCCCAAGUACGAAAUGCGGAGCCAGGGGGCCUUGCGGGAGCUGCUGAUCCACCAACUGGAGGCCAAGGACACGGGCGAGUAUGCCUGCGUGACAGGUGGCCAGAAAACCACUGCCUCCCUCAGGGUCACAGAGCCUGAGGUGACCAUUGUGCGGGGGCUGGUUGAUGCAGAGGUGCUGGCCAAUGAGGAUGUUGAGUUCAGCUGCGAGGUGUCCAGGGCUGGAGCCACAGGCAUGCAGUGGUGCCUACAAGGCCUGCCACUGCAAAGCAAUGAAGUGACAGAAGUGACUGUGCAGGAUGGCCGCAUCCACACACUGCGACUGAAGGGUGUGACACCUGAGGAUGCUGGCACUGUCUCCUUCCAUUUGGGCAACUGUGCUUCCUCCGCCCAGCUCACCAUCAGAGCUCCUGAGGUGACCAUCCUGGAGCCCCUGCAGGACGUGCAGCUCAGUGAGGGUCAGGAUGCCAGCUUCCAGUGCCGGCUAUCCGGAGCUUCAGGCCAGGAAGCCUGCUGGGCUUUAGGAGGGGUGCCCCUGCAGGACAACGAGAUGAAUGAUAUUGCUGUGGAGCAGGGCACACUCCACCUGCUUACCCUGCACAAGGUGACCCUUGAAGAUGCUGGAACUGUCAGUUUCCACGUGGGCACAUGUAGCUCUGAGGCCCAGCUGAAAGUCACAGCCAAGAACACAGUGGUGCGGGGGCUGGAGAACGUGGAGGCGCUGGAGGGUGGCGAGGCGCUGUUCGAGUGCCAGCUGUCCCAGCCUGAGGUGGCUGCCCACACCUGGCUGCUGGACGACGAACCCGUGCGGACCUCGGAGAACGCCGAGGUGGUCUACUUUGAGAACGGCCUGCGCCACCUGCUGCUGCUCAAAAACUUGCGGCCGCAAGACAGCUGCCGGGUGACCUUCCUGGCUGGGGAUAUGGUGACGUCCGCGUUCCUCACGGUCCGAGGCUGGCGCCUGGAGAUCCUGGAGCCGCUGAAAAACGCGACGGUCCGGGCCGGCGCGCAGGCCCUCUUCACCUGCACGCUCAGCGAGGUGGUGCCCGUGGGAGAGGCGUCUUGGUACAUCAAUGGUGCGGCGGUGCAGCCGGAUGACGCCGACUGGACUGUCACCGCCGAUGGCAGUCACCACGCCCUACUGCUGCGCAGCGCCCAGCUCCUCCAUGCUGGGGAGGUCACCUUCGCUUGCCGUGACGCCGUGGCUUCUGCGCGACUCACCGUGCUGGGCCUCCCUGACCCCCCAGAGGAUGCUGAAGUGGUGGCUCGCAGCAGCCACACUGUGACACUGUCUUGGGCAGCUCCCAUGAGUGAUGGAGGCGGUGGUCUCUGUGGCUACCGUGUGGAGGUGAAGGAGGGGGCCAUGGGCCAGUGGCGGCUGUGCCACGAGCUGGUGCCUGGACCCGAGUGUGUGGUGGAUGGCCUGGCCCCUGGGGAGACCUACCGCUUCCGUGUGGCAGCUGUGGGCCCAGUGGGUGCUGGGGAACCGGUUCACCUGCCCCAGACUGUGCAGCUUGCAGAGCCACCGAAGCCUGUGCCUCCCCAGCCCUCUGCCCCUGAGAGCCGGCAGGUGGCAGUUGGUGAGGAUGUCUGUCUGGAGCUUGAGGUGGCAGCUGAGGCUGGCGAGGUCAUCUGGCACAAGGGAAAGGAGCACAUCCAGCCCAGUGGGCGGUUCGAGGUGGUCUCCCAGGGUCGGCGACAGAUGCUGGUGAUCAGGGGCUUCACAGCAGAAGACCAGGGCGAGUACCACUGUGGACCAGCCCAGGGCUCCACCUGCCCCGCGGCUGCCACCUUCCAGGUGGCGCUGAGCCCAGCCUCUGUGGAUGAGGCCCCUCCUCAGCCCAGCCUACCCCUCGAGGCAGCCCAGGAGGGCGACCUGCACCAACUAUGGGAGGCCCUGGCUCGGAAACGUCGCAUGAGCCGUGAGCCCACGCUAGACUCCAUUAGCGAGCUGCCUGAGGAGGAUGGCCGCUCACAGCACCUGCCACAGGAGGCAGAGGAGGUGGCACCUGAUCUCUCCGAAGGCUACUCCACGGCUGAUGAGCUGGCACGCACUGGAGAGGCUGACCUCUCACACACCAGCUCUGAUGAUGAGUCCCGGGCAGGCACCCCUUCCCUGGUCACCUACCUCAAGAAGGCUGGGAGGCAAGGCACCUCACCACUGACCAGCAAGGUUGGGGCCCCAGCAGCCCCCUCUGUGAAGCCACAGCAGCAGCAGGAGCCGCUGGCUGCUGUGCGCCCACCUCUGGGAGACCUGAGCACCAAAGACCUGGGUGAUCCCUCAAUGGACAAGGCAGCUGUGAAGAUCCAGGCCGCCUUUAAGGGCUACAAGGUCCGGAAGGAGAUGAAGCAGCAGGAAGGGCCUAUGUUCUCCCACGCAUUUGGGGACACCGAGGCACAGGUAGGGGAUGCCCUGCGGCUGGAGUGUGUCGUGGCCAGCAAGGCAGAUGUGCGAGCCUGCUGGCUGAAGGAUGGUGUGGAGCUGACCGACGGGCGGCACCAUCACAUCGACCAGCUUAGGGAUGGCACCUGUUCUCUGCUGAUCACUGGCCUGGGCCAUGCUGAUGCUGGCCACUACACCUGUCAGGUGAGCAACAAGUUUGGCCAGGUGGCCCACAGUGCCUGCGUGGUGAUCAGUGGGACAGAGAGUGAGGCCGAGAGCUCCUCUGGGGGUGAGCUGGACGAUGCCUUCCGCCGGGCUGCCCGGCGGCUGCACCGGCUCUUCCGCACCAAAAGCCCGGCUGAGGUUUCAGACGAGGAGCUCUUCCUGAGUGCAGAUGAGGGCCCUGCAGAGCCAGAGGAGCCUGCGGACUGGCAGACAUACCGCGAAGAUGAGCAUUUCAUUUGCAUCCGUUUUGAGGCACUCACCGAGGCCCGCCAGGCGGUAACUCGCUUCCAGGAGAUGUUUGCCACACUGGGCAUCGGGGUGGAGAUCAACCUGGUGGAGGAGGGGCCUCGGAGGGUAGAGAUGCGCAUCAGCAAAGAGGCCCCUGCCCCUGUGGUGCCUCCAGAGCCAUUGCCCAGCCUACUGACUUCUGAUGCUGCCCCGGUGUUCCUGACCGAGUUGCAGAACCAAGAAGUGCAGGAUGGGUAUCCUGUGAGCUUUGACUGUGUGGUGAGAGGUCAGCCCAUGCCUAGUGUGCGUUGGUUCAAGGAUGGGAAGUUGUUGGAGGAGGAUGACCACUACAUGAUUAAUGAAGACCAACAGGGUGGCCAUCAGCUCAUCAUUACAGCCGUGGUGCCAGCAGACAUGGGUGUCUACCGCUGCCUGGCUGAGAACAGCAUGGGUGUCUCCUCCACCAAGGCUGAGCUCCGUGUGGACUUGACAAGCACAGACUAUGACACUGCAGCAGAUGCCACGGAGACCUCAUCCUACUUCAGUGCCCAAGGCUACUUGUCCAGCCGGGAACAGGAGGGAACAGAGUCCACCACUGAUGAGGGCCAGCUGCCCCAGGUGGUGGAGGAACUGAGAGACCUCCAGGUGGCCCCUGGCACACACCUGGCCAAGUUCCAGCUCAAGGUGAAAGGCUACCCUGCUCCCAGAUUAUACUGGUUCAAAGAUGGCCAGCCCCUGACCGCAUCUGCCCACAUCCGCAUGACUGACAAAAAGACCCUGCACACCCUGGAGAUCAUCUCAGUCACUCGGGAGGACUCUGGCCAGUAUGCGGCCUACAUCAGCAAUGCCAUGGGUGCCGCCUACUCAUCUGCCCAGCUGCUGGUCCGAGGCCCCGAUGAGCCAGAAGAGAAGCCUGCAUCAGAUGUGCAUGAGCAGCUGGUGCCACCCCGAAUGCUGGAGAGGUUCACCCCCAAGAAAGUGAAGAAAGGCUCCAGCAUUACCUUCUCCGUGAAGGUAGAAGGACGCCCGGCGCCCACCGUGCACUGGCUCAGGGAGGAGGCUGAGAGGGGUGUGCUGUGGAUUGGCCCUGACACGCCAGGCUACACCAUGGCCAGCUCUGCACAGCAGCACAGCCUGGUCCUGCUGGACGUGGGCCGGCAGCACCAGGGCAUCUACACGUGCAUCGCCAGCAACGCUGCCGGCCAGGCCCUCUGCUCCGCCAGCCUGCGCGUCUUGGGCCUGUCUAAGGUGGAGGAGCAGGAGAAAGUGAAGGAAGCACUGAUUUCCACUUUCCUGCAGGGGACCACACAAGCCGUCUCAGCACAGGGGUUGGAAACUGCGAGUUUUGCUGACCUUGGUGGGCAGAGGAAAGGAGAGCCUCUGGCUGCCAAGGAGGCCCUCAGACACCUGUCCCUUGCUGAGGUGGGCACAGAGGAGUUCCUGCAGAAACUGACCUCCCAGAUCACCGAGAUGGUAUCGGCCAAGAUCACGCAGGCCAAGCUGCAGGUGCCUGGAGGUGACAGCGAUGAUGACUCCAAGACACCAUCUGCAUCCCCCCGCCACGGCCGAUCACGGCCAUCCUCCAGCAUCCAGGAGUCUUCCUCAGAGUCAGAGGAUGGUGACGCCCGAGGCGAGAUCUUUGACAUCUACGUGGUCACCGCCGAUUACCUGCCCCUGGGGGCUGAGCAGGAUGCCAUUGCACUGCGGGAAGGCCAGUACGUGGAGGUCCUGGAUGCAGCCCACCCUCUGCGCUGGCUCGUCCGCACCAAGCCCACCAAGUCCAGCCCCUCACGGCAGGGCUGGGUGUCACCAGCCUACCUGGACAGGAGGCUCAAGCUGUCACCUGAGUGGGGGGCUGUUGAGGCCCCUGAGUUCCCCGGGGAGGCUGUGUCUGAAGAUGAAUACAAGUCAAGGCUGAGCUCUGUGAUCCAGGAGCUGCUGAGUUCUGAGCAGGCCUUCGUGGAGGAGCUGCAGUUCCUGCAGAGCCACCACCUGCAGCACCUGGAGCGCUGCCCCCACGUGCCCGCAGCUGUGGCCAGCCAGAAGGCAGUCAUCUUCCGCAAUGUGCGGGACAUCGGCCUCUUUCACAGCAGCUUCCUGCAGGAGCUGCAGCAAUGCGACACAGAUGACGACGUGGCCAUGUGCUUCAUCAAGAACCAGGCAGCCUUUGAGCAGUACCUGGAGUUCCUGGUGGGGCGCGUGCAGGCUGAGUCGGUGGUCGUCAGCACGGCCAUCCAGGAGUUCUACAAGAAAUAUGCAGAGGAGGCCCUGUCAGCAGGGGACCCCUCUCAGCCCCCGCCGCCACCUCUGCAGCACUACCUGGAGCAGCCGGUGGAGCGGGUGCAGCGAUACCAGGGCUUGCUGAAGGAGCUGAUCCGCAACAAGGCGCGGAACAGACAGAACUGUGUGCUGCUGGAGCAGGCCUAUGCCGUGGUGUCUGCCCUGCCGCAGCGCGCCGAGAACAAGCUGCACGUGUCCCUCAUGGAGAAGUACCCGGGCACCCUGGAGGCCCUGGGCGAGCCCAUCCGCCAGGGCCACUUCAUCGUGUGGGAGGGUGCGCCAGGGGCCCGAAUGCCCUGGAAGGGCCACAACCGUCACGUGUUCCUCUUCCGCAACCACCUGGUAAUCUGCAAGCCCCGGCGAGACUCCCGCACCGAUACCUUCAGCUACGUGUUCCGGAACAUGAUGAAGCUGAGCAGCAUCGACCUGAAUGACCAGGUGGAGGGGGAUGACCGUGCCUUUGAGGUGUGGCAGGAGCGGGAGGACUCGGUGCGCAAGUACCUGCUGCAGGCACGGACAGCCAUUAUCAAGAACUCGUGGGUGAAGGAGAUCUGUGGCAUCCAGCAGCGUCUGGCCCUGCCUGUGUGGCGGCCCCCAGACUUUGAAGAGGAGCUGGCUGACUGCACAGCCGAGCUGGGUGAGACAGUCAAGCUGGCCUGCCGCGUGACAGGCACACCCAAGCCUGUCAUCAGCUGGUACAAAGAUGGGAAACCAGUGCAGGUGGACCCCCACCACAUCCUCAUUGAAGACCCUGAUGGCUCAUGUGCCCUCAUCCUGGACAGCCUGACCGGUGUAGACUCUGGCCAGUACAUGUGCUUUGCGGCCAGUGCCGCUGGCAACUGCAGUACCCUGGGCAAGAUCCUGGUGCAAGUCCCACCACGGUUCAUGAACCAGGUCCGGGCCUCGCCCUUUGUGGAGGGAGAGGAUGCCCAGUUCACCUGCACCAUCGAAGGCGCCCCAUACCCGCAGAUCAGGUGGUACAAGGACGGGGCCCUGCUGACCCCUGGCAGCAAGUUCCAGACACUGAGUGAGCCUCGCAGCGGCCUGCUAGUGCUGGUAAUCCGGGCGGCUGGCAAGGAGGACCUGGGGCUCUACGAGUGUGAGCUGGUGAACCGGCUGGGCUCCACACGAGCUAGUGCAGAGCUGCACAUUCAGAGCCCCACGCUGCAGGCCCGGGAGCAGUGCCACAGGGAGCAGCUCGCGGGGGCAGUGGAAGACACCACCCUGGAGCGAGUGGACCAGAUCACAUCCGUCCUGGAGAGACUGCUGGGCCCCAGGGUGCCAGGCCCCUUCACAGGGGACCUCACUGGCCCCAGCCCCUGCCACAGGGGGGCACCUGCACUCCAGGAAACCGGCUUCCAACCUCCAGUCACCGGAUCUUCGGAGGCACCCGCAGCCGUGCCCCAGAGGGUGCCACAGCCCCUCCUCCACGAAGGCCCAGAACAGGAGCCAGAGGCCAUUGCCAGAGCCCAGGAAUGGACUGUGCCCAUUCGGAUGGAGGGUGCAGCCAGGCCUGGGGCAGGCACAGGGGAGCUGCUCUGGGACGUCCACAGCCACGUGGUCACAGAGACCACACAGAGGACCUACACAUACCAGGCCAUCGACACACACACCGCAAGGCCCCCAUCCAUGCAGGUAACCAUCGAGGAUGUGCAGGCACAGACAGGCACAAUGGCCCAAUUCGAGGCUGUCAUUGAGGGCGACCCACAGCCCUCGGUGACCUGGUACAAGGACGGCGUCCAGCUGGUGGACAGCACCCGGCUUAGCCAGCAGCAAGAAGGCACCACAUACUCCCUGGUGCUGAGGCAUGUGGCCUCGAAGGAUGCUGGUGUUUACACCUGCCUGGCCCAAAACGCUGGUGGCCAGGUGCUCUGCAAGGCAGAGCUGUUGGUGCUUGGCGGGGACAAUGAGCCGGACUCAGAGAAGCAAAGCCACCGGAGGAAGCUGCACUCCUUCUAUGAGGUCAAGGAGGAGAUUGGAAGGGGUGUGUUUGGCUUCGUGAAAAGAGUGCAGCACAAAGGAAACAAGAUCUUGUGUGCUGCCAAGUUCAUCCCCCUACGGAGCAGAACUCGGGCCCAGGCAUACAGGGAGCGAGACAUCCUGGCCACGCUGAGCCACCCGCUGGUCACGGGGCUGCUGGACCAGUUUGAGACCCGCAAGACCCUCAUCCUCAUCCUGGAGCUGUGCUCAUCCGAGGAGCUGCUGGACCGCCUGUUCAGGAAGGGCGUGGUGACAGAGGCCGAGGUCAAGGUCUACAUCCAGCAGCUGGUGGAGGGGCUGCACUACCUGCACAGCCACGGCAUUCUCCACCUGGACAUAAAGCCCUCUAACAUCCUGAUGGUGCAUCCUGCCCGGGAAGACAUUAAAAUCUGCGACUUCGGCUUUGCCCAGAACAUCACCCCAGCAGAGCUGCAGUUCAGCCAGUACGGCUCCCCUGAGUUCGUCUCCCCCGAGAUCAUCCAGCAGAACCCUGUGAGCGAGGCCUCCGACAUCUGGGCCAUGGGUGUCAUCUCCUACCUCAGCCUGACCUGCUCAUCCCCAUUUGCCGGUGAGAGUGACCGUGCCACCCUCCUGAACAUCCUGGAGGGUCGCAUGUCAUGGAGCAGUCCCAUGGCUGCCCACCUCAGUGAAGACGCCAAGGACUUCAUCAAGGCUACGCUGCAGAGAGCCUCUCAGGCCCGGCCUAGUGCAGCCCAGUGCCUCUCCCACCCCUGGUUCCUGAAAUCCAUGCCUGCAGAGGAGGCCCACUUCAUCAACACCAAGCAGCUCAAGUUCCUCCUGGCCCGAAGUCGCUGGCAGCAUUCCCUGAUGAGCUACAAGUCCAUCCUGGUGAUGCGCUCCAUCCCUGAGCUGCUGCGGGGCCCUCCUGACAGCCCCUCCCUCGGUGUGGCCCGGCACCUCUGCAGGGACACUGGUGUCUCCUCCAGUUCCUCCUCCUCCUCUGACAAUGAGCUUGCCCCAUUUGCCCGGGCUAAGUCACUGCCACCCUCCCCGGUUACACACUCACCACUGCUGCACCCCCGGGGCUUCCUGCGGCCCUCGGCCAGCCUGCCUGAGGAGGCCGAGGCCACUGUGCCCUCUGCCGAGGCCUCAGCUCUGCCUGCAUCUCCUGAGGGUGCUGGGCUACCGGCCACCCAGGGCUGUGUGCCCCGGCACAGCGUCAUCCGCAGCCUGUUCUACCAGCAGGCCGGUGAGAGCCCUGAGCAUGGGGCCCUGGCCCCGGGGAGCAGGCGGCACCCAGCCCGGCGGCGGCACCUGCUGAAGGGCGGGUACAUUGCGGGGGCGCUGCCUGGCCUGCGCGAGCCACUGAUGGAGCACUGCAUGCUGGAGGAGGAGGCUGCCAGGGAGGAGCAGGCCACCCUCCUGACCAAAGCCCCCUCCUUCGAGACCGCCCUCCGGCUGCCUACUUCUGGCACCCACUUGGCCCCUGGCAGCAGCCGCUCCCUGGACACGGAACAUGACCCUCCGAGCACCCCACGCUGCUCCCCAGAGGCCUGCUGUGAGGCACAGCGACUGCCUUCAGCCCCCUCCGGGGGAGCCCCUAUGAGGGACAUGGGGCACCCUCAGGGCUACAAGCAGCUUCCAUCCACUGGUGGGCACCCAGGCACUGCUCAGCCAGAGAGUCCAUCCCUGGACCACCCUUGGGGGCAGCCAGCCCCUUUCUGUCAUGCCAAGCAGGGUUCUGCCCCCCAGGAGGGCUGCAGCCCCCUCUCAGCAGUUGCCCCACGCCCUCCUGGCUCCUUCCCUCUAGGAUCUUGCAAAGAGGCCCCCUUAGUACCCUCAAGCCCCUUCAUGGGACAGCCCCAGGUACCCCCUGCCCCUGCCAAAGCAAGCCCCCCACUAGACUCUAAGAUGGGGCCUGGAGACAUCUCUCUUCCUGGGAGGCCAAAACCUGGCCCCUGCAGUUCCCCAGGGUCCGCCUCCCAGGCGAGCUCUUCCCAAGUGAGCUCCCUCAGGGUGGGCUCCUCCCGGGUGGGCACAGAGCCUGGCCCCUCCCUCGAUGCUGAGGGCUGGUCCCAGGAGGCUGAGGAUCUGUCCGACUCCACACCCACCCUGCAGCGGCCUCAGGAACAGGUGACCACGCGGAAGUUCUCCCUGGGGUGUCGCGGGGGCUACGCAGGUGUGGCUGGCUAUGGCACCUUUGCCUUUGGUGGAGAUGCGGGGGGCAUGCUGGGGCAGGGACCCAUGUGGGCCAGGAUAGCCUGGGCUGUGUCCCAGUCCUCAGAGGAGCAGGAGGAGGCCAGGGCUGAGAGCCCACUGCCCCAGAUCAGUGCAAGGCCUGUGCCUGAGGUCAGCAGGGCUCCCUCUAGGAGCUCUCCAGAGCCCACCCCAUGGGAGGACGUCGGGCAGGUCUCCCUGGUGCAGAUCCGGGACCUGUCAGGUGAUGCAGAGGCGGCUGACACAAUAUCCCUGGACAUUUCCGAGGUGGACCCCGCCUACCUCAACCUCUCGGACCUGUACGACAUCAAGUACCUCCCAUUCGAGUUUAUGAUCUUCAGGAAAGUCCCCAAGCCCACUCAGCCAGAGCCACCCUCCCCCAUGGCUGAGGAGGAGCUGGCCGAGUUCCCGGAGCCCAUGUGGCCCUGGCAAGGUGAAAUGGGCCCCCACGCAGGCCUGGAGAUCACAGAGGAGCCAGAAGACGUGGAUGCGCUGUUGGCGGAGGCUGCCGUGGGCAGGAAGUGCAAGUGGUCCUCACCGUCACGCAGCCUCUUCCACUUCCCUGGGAGGCACUUGCCACUGGAUGAGCCCGCGGAGCUGGGGCUGCGUGAGAGAGUGAAGGCCUCCGUGGAGCACAUCUCCCGGAUCCUGAAGGGCAGGCUGGAAGGUCUGGAGAAGGAGGGGCCCCCCAGGAAGAAGCCAGGCCUUGCUUCCUUCCGGCCGUCAGGUCUGAAGAGCUGGGACCGAGCGCCGACAUUCCUAAGGGAGCUCUCAGAUGAGACUGUGGUCCUGGGCCAGUCAGUGACACUGGCCUGCCAGGUGUCGGCCCAGCCAGCUGCCCAGGCCACCUGGAGCAAAGAUGGAGCCCCCCUGGAGAGCAGCAGCCGUGUCCUCAUCUCCACCACCCUCAAGAACUUCCAGCUUCUGACCAUCCUGGUGGUGGCAGCUGAGGACCUGGGUGUGUACACCUGCAGCGUGAGCAAUGCGCUGGGGACAGUGACCACCACAGGCGUCCUCCGGAAGGCAGAGCGCCCCUCAUCCUCGCCGUGCCCGGAUAUUGGGGAGGUGUACGCGGAUGGGGUGCUGCUGGUCUGGAAGCCCGUGGAAUCCUACGGCCCUGUGACCUACAUUGUGCAGUGCAGCCUAGAAGGCGGCAGUUGGACCACACUGGCCUCCGACAUCUUUGACUGCUGCUACCUGACCAGCAAGCUCUCCCGGGGCGGCACCUACACCUUCCGCACGGCAUGUGUCAGCAAGGCAGGAAUGGGCCCCUACAGCAGCCCCUCGGAGCAAGUCCUCCUGGGAGGGCCCAGCCACCUGGCCUCUGAGGAGGAGAGCCAGGGGCGGCCAGCCCAACCCCUGCCCAGCACAAAGACCUUCGCAUUCCAGACACAGAUCCGGAGGGGCCGCUUCAGUGUGGUGCGGCAGUGCUGGGAGAAGGCCAGCAGGCGGGCGCUGGCGGCCAAGAUCAUCCCCUACCGCCCCAAGGACAAGACGGCAGUGCUGCGUGAAUACGAGGCCCUCAAGGGCCUGCACCACCCGCACCUGGCCCAGUUGCAUGCAGCCUACCUCAGCCCCCGACACCUGGUGCUCAUCUUGGAGCUGUGCUCUGGGCCCGAGCUGCUCCCCUGCCUGGCUGAGAGGGCCUCCUACUCAGAAUCGGAGGUGAAGGACCUCCUGUGGCAGAUGCUGAGCGCCACCCAAUACCUGCACGCCCAGCACAUCCUGCACCUGGACCUGAGGUCUGAGAACAUGAUCAUCACCGAAUACAACCUGCUCAAGGUCGUGGACCUGGGCAAUGCACAGAGCCUCAGCCAGGAGAAGGUGCUGCCCUCAGAGAAUUUCAAGGACUACCUAGAGACCAUGGCUCCAGAGCUCCUGGAGGGCCAGGGGGCUCUUCCGCAGACAGACAUCUGGGCCAUCGGUGUGACAGCCUUCAUCAUGCUGAGCGCCGAGUACCCGGUGAGCAGCGAGGGUGCACGCGACCUGCAGAGAGGACUGCGCAAGGGGCUGAUCCGGCUGAGCCGCUGCUACUCAGGGCUGUCCGGGGGCGCCGUGGCCUUCCUGCGCAGCACUCUGUGCGCCCAGCCCUGGGGCCGGCCCUGCGCGUCCAGCUGCCUGCAGUGCCCGUGGCUGACAGAGGAGGGCCCGGCGUGUUCGCGGCCCGCGCCCGUGACCUUCCCUACCGCGCGACUGCGCGUCUUCGUGCGCGAUCGCGAGAAGAGACGGGCGCUGCUGUACAAGAGGCACAACCUGGCCCAGGUGCGCUGAGGGUCGCUCGGGGCCGCACCUCUCGGUCUCCCCGCUGGGGCUCGCUGCAGACGCGCCAAUAAAAACGCACAGCCGGGCGAGAA